UUGUUAAAGUAUAUUCAAAUAUCUGGGUAUAAUUGUUCCUUGAUAGACCCCCAGGUUUUACGCGCCAAAUAGUUUCACAUUUUAUGAUAACAAAUAUACAUAUAAUCAAUUGCAUAGGGGUUCUGCUGUUCUGGAAUGUUUCAUAGGGGUUCCAUCCCAUCAAAAGGAUUGAAAACCACUGACAUAGCAUGUUGACAUUUUGUAUUGUCAGGUUCAAUUUUUAUAACAUUUAUUGUAUAGCAUUGCAAAAUUGAUAGGUAGAACAGCAUAUAUGCAAGCGAAGUUGUAUUGUGAAUUGUCCACAUUACGUUUGAUCAUAAUAUGAGACAAAACUCGGGAUAUUCAAAUUUCAUGGUAAUCAAAACAAUGAUAUUAAUCAAGCAGAUGUUUAACAUGGCAAUUCAUUUUCCAAUACUGUUGGAAAUGGAACGGGAUUGUAUUGUAUUCAACCACCAAUACUGUUGGAAAUGGAACGGGAUUGUAUUGAAUUCAACCACCAAUAAAAUUUCUCGAAUAUAAGGCAUAUUGAAGCACCAAACAUGUUGCCUUAAUCGAAGGCACUAAGUAGAUUGUUAUCUCAUGAUUCCUGUUAAUAAUAAGCUAACCAUGAACCAUGCUCUAAUUAUAUAUCAAAUAACUGAUGUUAUAACAUAUGAUUUUAUAUGACAUUAUCCCCUUGUGCUUUUAUCUCAUCAAGCAUGCGACUUACCUUAUUCUAUAACAUUGUAAUUCUGGUUUCAUCACAAUGCUUAAUAAACUAGACAGUAGUCAAUAUAUGGAAAAGAUAAUUUACUUUUUCUGAUUAUUGUUUUUGAAAAUUGUCAUACGAAGUGCUUACCAUAAAUAUGAGCCAAUUUUCUACCCACAUACUAAUUAUAUGAUUCUAUCCUCCACAGAAUAUAGUAAUGAUUAGCUUUAACUGAUAAACGAAUGAUAAAAUUAUAUGCUAUGAGUGUGUGAAGCAUCAACCCAUGUCUUCUAUGAAAGAAAAGCCUAUGAAGCGGAAAUUAUUUGGUUCUUCAGAACAUGAUGACAAAAAUGACUCUCACACAGUUUCCGCAGAUAAAAAACGACGGCGGAAAAAUACUGUUGAGGCGCCAAAACAUUACCCGCUGUCAGAAAGACAGCAACUCGCCUUACUCAUGCAAAUGACAUCUGCAGAAAAUAGUCCAGAACCUGCCAGUCCUCCCCUUACCAGCAUACGUAAAACACCUGGGAGUACCGGUCGUAAAGACAGAGUGCAUCGAAGGAAUGAGCGCGGUGAAACUCUAUUACAUCUCAGUACAAUUAAGGGGGAUUUAGAUGCCAUGAAGGAGUUAAUCAGACAAGGAGCAGAUGUCAAUGUGCAAGAUUUUGCAGGUUGGACUCCUUUGCAUGAAGCUUGCAACCAUGGUCAUCAAGAAAUCACCCGAUAUCUUCUUGAAGUUGGAGCGAAUGUUAACUCUAGAGGUUUGGACAAUGACACACCAUUGCAUGAUGCAGUGACGAAUGCUCACAAAGAUCUUGUUGAACUAUUACUCCGGCAUGGUGCCAAUCCUCUUCUUAAAAAUAGAAAGGGAGAGAGGCCUCUUGACAUUGCUGAAGACCAGAUCAUCCGAGAACUCAUGCAGAAGGAGGUUAUUCUGAGUGACGAAAGUGAUUCAGAUGCUGAAUGUCCAUCACCUGUUCGAAGUGAAGAUUCCAUGGAAGCACGAAAAAAUGCAACGAACAUGCGCAAAACUAGUACAUCAUCGUCUAGUCGAGAAUUGUUUAAAAACGACAGCGGGAAAAAGAAAAGCCCAGUUUUGAAAAAUGAUUCUGCCAGAAGCAAAUCAUCUUUUUCAUCACUGACUUCAGAUUCAUCCUCCGACAGUUCUGAUAGUUCAGAUGAUAAUAUGCCACUGGUUUAUAAAAAGCUUAACCACCAUACAGGCAAUCAACAACGACCAAAUGGACAGAAUCUUGGCAAGACGCCAACAUUGACGGCAACUCCACAAAAAUCAAAAAAAUUGAAGCUAAUGCACAAGCACAAAGAAGGUAAUCGCAAACACACAAAAACAAAAGUUGAGACGUUGAAAAUGCCACUGUCAGAUUUGGUAUCAUCCAGCGAGGGAGCUUCAUCUGACUCUGAUUACAAAUCACAAAGAAGGGAAAGUAAACUCAUUACGUCAUCUAAGCAAAAUGAUUUCAAGACAAACUCUCUCAUUAAGUCUGCAAAGAAGGACCACGCUAAAACAAAUUCACUGUAUUCAAACGAAAAAGCUCAUUUUUCUGAACGAAAAAAUUCUGAUCCAUCACAGCAAGUUCACAAGAAAAAGUCUACACAAUUGGAUCAGUCAAAAAGAGUGAGAUCAUACAGUAGUGAACAAACUACAACAGUACACACAUCUGAUAUGAAGCAAAAGCCACGUAAAUUAUCUGACGAUCGUCAAAAGAUCACUUCUGCUAAUUUGACGCCAAAAGUGAAUGGCUUUCCUGGCCCAGAUGUAAAAUCAGCUAGCAGUCAAAAUCAUAAAAAAGAAGCGGAUGGAAGUGUUUAUGAUUUUUCUUUGUCCACUGAAGACUUUACAGACAUCGGUGCCAUCAGUUUGAAACAGAAGCAAGUAGAUUCAGACGAACUUUUCGAUAUUCUGUGUUUAGGAAAACCAAGCAAAAAAAUAGAUGUCGAUUCUGUUUCUGAGAUUGAUGUUCCAAACGAUCGCAGAGUUACAAGUGAUAAGGCCCCAGUUGUAAAAAGCCAAGAAAAACAAAAAAGUUUAAUUCAAUGUUCAACAGCCUCUAAUAUCAGUCACGAUGAGGAAAAGUCAUUGGUUGAUAAAAAUCACAACCUUAUCGUCUCAACAGAUUUGGAAAAACAGUCAAAAAACACAAAUUCGGUUUUGCCGUCGCACUCAUCACAAUUAUCUCAACCAAAUCAAGAUUAUUUGUUGAGUAAAUCUCUUAAUAAAGAUAAAUAUGAUAAACCUAAUGUUGAAACAAAAACAGCAGUUGGACCUGGUAUAAUAUCAGAUGGGACUAAAACAUCAAAAUCUCACAUAAAAUCUGAAAUGAAAUCAGAAAAGAAGAAUAAAAAACACCAUAAUACUGUAUUAGAUUCUCCUAGAAAGCUUUCUCAAACUGGUGUCUCAGGAAAUCCAGUCAAAAUCGAAGGAGCCACGUAUACGAAAAAAGAAAUAAAAUCAGAGCAUUCUUCUGACAAUAAAUUAUAUAAGGUAAAAGAGCAAGACUCGACGUCCCAAGUUAAAUUGAGUAGUGAUAAAGUAAACAGUUUUUCUUCAAUAAAAAAGAAGAAAAAGCACAAGCAUUCAAAACACUCUCACGAAAGUUCUAGUUCUGCUGAUUCCAAACACAGAUCCAGAAUGGCCUCAAGUGAGCAUUCUACUUCAGAGAAAACUACUACAGCAGAGAAAGACAAACUCUCAAAUACUCCUACCACCAAAGCUUCUUUGAAGAAAGUAGAUUCCGCUAAAUCUCUUCUUGGCGGUUCUCUUUCCCGAAAAAAUUCUCAGGAAGGGAAAACUGAAGGUGGAACUACCAUGCGAAAAAAGAAUCGUUCAACCGAUAGUACAAGCUCGGAAACAAGCGUAAAAAGCAUGAAACACUCAAAUUCUGUAACUAAGUCUGUUAAGCAUUCAGCAAAUACACCUCAAGAAAAGCAGACAACGCCUAGUUCUGUUAAAAGAGAUAAGCCCGAUGCGAAGAAGCUUGCAUUGCUAUCUGAUGCUAAUUCCUUUUUCCUUUCUGAAUUGGAGAAAUCUUCACGGCAGAGGGAAAUGGAAAAGAAAUUAAAGUUAAAAAGAAAGAAAAAGCUUCUGCAGCAGCAAAAACUUAAGCUACAAACUAGCUCGGAACUUGCUGCUGCAAGGGAUUCGAAAAGUAACACACCGAAUACAGCUGGAGAAAAAACUGUUCCAUUUUUUGAUAAAGCUGUAUUAAAUCGACCUGAAUAUCCUGCAUCAGAUCAGACAAAACUACAAAGCACUAGCUUUCCUAACAAUGUUGGUGGCGUGCAUCCUCUGCCUUCCAGUGGAUUUACUUUUGGAGCUCAUCGAGAACAUAGCUCAUCUUUGGAUGAGUCACACAGCAUUUUUAAGUCACCACCAAGCACUGGAAGAAGUUACUCUCAACUUGAUACCAGAUCUCCAUACAUACCACCUUUAGAAAACUGGAGACAAGGAGAACGACCAGUACAAAAUUUUAUGGAGAAAAGAAAUAUGCCUGUGCAACGAUCUUUGAGUUUUUCAAGUUCCGUACCAGAUGGUGAUUUGCCAAAUAAAAGCCAUCAAAUGCUAUCCAGUGAACUUCCUGGCUUGAGACCAGAUUUGCACCAUGAACAUCUACAAAAACGCCAUUCAAUUGCUGAAGAUUUUCAUCACAGACCUCUCGUUGCUGGUGCACUCCUGAACGCUCCCCAGCCCUGUAGUGAUGUUGCGACUUCCCUGCCUGUGACAAAUUUUGUAACGACCAUGCCCAGUUCAACAAUUCCACAAAACCUGCCUUCAACUCCUGUUCAUGGGCAUCAAAAUGUACCAUCUUGUUCAAAGCAGGAUUUUUCGACUUCAUCCAGAAGCACAAUAGAAUCUGCACAUAAUGACGGCACCAAUACAUCUGCUGUUGCACCAAAACCUUCUAUACCAGCAGUUACUGCCGAAUCUUCUUCAACUGCUCAGUCUGUGACAAAUACUAACUCUAAUCAAAAUGAAUCUCAAUGUGCUUCCACCGCAAUAUCUGGAAAUGUUCCUCCUGAAACAACAAAAAGGGGAAAAGAUUCGGAACAAAGUGGUAAUGCAUCUGAAGGUAAAUCUGACCAAGAGAAUAAAGAACAGGAACCAUCAGAAAUACCACUUGAAAAGAAGUUAUCACCAGAAGAAGAAGCGAUAAUCAAAGAGGAGAUGGAACGCAAAAUUGCUUUAGAGAAAUAUGUCAAGGAGCGGUUGUCAAAGCUUGAUGCUGUUAUUGAAGAACCAAAACCUAAGAAACUGCCUGUUUUCAUUCCAAUGUCAAAACUGAAGGAUGCUGUCAAGAAAGAUCCUGUGCAGGAUCGUCUGAAUGUGUAUGAAGAAUGGGCCGUUAUACAAAAACAAAUCAAUGAUCGCAGGAAGAAAUAUGCUACAGUUAUCACACCACAAGCACCACAGAGUUAUUGGGAGUACAUGACAUAUACAGGUGGAUACUUGCUGAGUGACAGCCGCGAGAGUUGGCUGUCUGUUCCAGUGCUUGCACCCCCACCAUCACUCGGAGAAGAAAUGAGAGCACUUUUCGUCGAACAUGAAAAGGAGAGAGUUAAACUUCGCUUACAACAUGCCAGUCAACGCGAAAAGCUGAUCGUUGCAUGUGAACAAGAGAUAAUUCGAGUUCAUGGUCGGGCGGCAAGAAUGAUUCAGAAUCAAACCUUUACUGUAAGCGCUUGUUCAGUACUUCUUGAUCGGGAAGUGUAUAAUGUCGAACGUAGAAAUAAAAAAUCAUUAGAAGAAAGUGGCACUAACAAAAGCGCAUCGGUUCGUGAUCGAUUCAACACAAGAAUGUUCAUUUCUUGGCAACAAGAUGUCGGUGACAAAUACAUGAAGAUGAAAAACAUACUUCUCGCAAGACAAAGGCAUGAAUCUCAGGCCCUCCACGCUGUUCAACGCACAGAAUGGCUCCUGAAAUUACAAGAAACAGAACAAGGACAACAAAAAAGGUUGUCAAAUAUGAAGCCAGAGGAGGUUAAUGAACUACAUGUACCUCUCGUAAACAUUUCAGACGAUUUCGCUCUACUUCCAGCGGGAUGAGAAAUGAACUUGAAAUAACUAUAUUUACUUCUAUUUAUUACAUUUUUUCAAGGUGAUUUAGAUUUUAUAGAGUCUCUGAAAUUAUUAUUUAUGGAUUUGUUAGUUGUAUAGCACAUGGAUAAUAUUAGGGUCUGUGUAUUAUGAAAACUCUUGAACUUGAAAUCCUUGAAUUUAAAAUGGAUGAAAUGUUAGUAGAGCUAUUGUUAACUUCUCUUAAAAGAUUAUCACCAAGGAUAUAUCAUAGGUUUACAAUUCUUCAUCAUUUUUCCCCAACACAUCCACCAUUGAUGUGAGACCCUAUGUGACCACUGUCACAACGUAAAAUACAUUUCACAAAUUUUCUACUGGAAAUACUGAGUACAAUACCUUACUUAGCCAUUAUAGACUACAAUUAUGUGGUAUUUUGUUCUGCUCUCAUGUUGUUUUAAUGGACAGUGAGACUGGAAAUUGCACAAAUUUGUGUGAUAGUGACUUCACACAGUGGUGGUUAUAUCAAAAUAGUAAUAGUAUUUCCAAACUUCUUUUAUAUGUGACGUUUACAAUGUAAUGUAUUCGGAAUAAACAUUGGCAUACAGUGUCGUUCUACUUAGUAAAUACCAAUUGUAGAUGUGAUUGCUAAGAAACAUUGAAAUCAUUUGUUCGAAUCAAAGUUUGGUUGAAAAUAAUGGCUGCCUGCAUCAUUGAUAGAUUAUUAUUGAAAUAAUCAGUUAGGUAUCCAUUUUUCUGUUUUUGUACAGAAAUUUAGUCUUUGAAAGUUUUUUUUGUUAAUUGUUCUGCUUAGUGUAGUUGAAAUAUUUUGCAUGUAUUUGUAACAAUCUUUAACCAUAUCAGAUCUAGUUGUAACACAGUUAUUAAAGUCAAACGCCAUGUUAAAUGGCUUUUACUGACAGACUAUCAAGAUUUAACCUGUGUUUGCAAAUUCAAUUCACUGUUUAUAUUAUUUAUCUUAACAAUUGUUAUAUUGUCGAUGUACUAGCUGAUUUUGGCUACUUUGUGUACAAAUUUUACACCCUGUAUUGUAUGUUAGUAGUAGUAGUUGUUAGAUGAAGAGUAGAUAAUCUUCUCCAAAUUUUAACAUUUCUUGGCUGGUAUCCACUCACUCGGCCACAGAGGUGAAAUACUCGAGUUUCUCCUCAUUUUGAUGUUAUCCAAGUUGAACUAACAUUCCAAUGCACAACAUUCUCUACUGGAUAUUUGUAAGCAAGUAUUCAGUACCAGAUUCUUAUUGGAUUGUUCAUCAUAACCAUUUGGAAAUGGUUUCACAUUACAAAAGAAUUCGAAAUUGUGUAGAAACUGUUUAUGAAAUAGAUUAUCCUGGCCUGCUCUUUAGGACGAAAAAAAAAGUAGUAAACUGAAACCAAUCAACCCCCCCCCUUCCAAAUGUUUUACAUUGUCGUCAGAAGAGGAUUGAAAUAUUGAUAAUGAGAUAAUCACAAGGUGGGUAAAUCAAGAUUCUGAACCCUUCCUAGAUUCUCCCUGUUGCAGGGGUAUUGACAUUAUAUUGAAGAUUCAAAAGAUCUUGAUAGUUUUUUAACCCUGCCAGUAUGAUAUUUACUCGAUUGAAAAUUUCAAUGUGCCUUUCAUAUAUUAUUCAGUUGUCGGGUCAUCUGCACCCAUACUUGUAAAAAAAAAAUUAAUUUUUUUAUCUUAUGAAGUUCCAUCGGUUUCUGUUAUUAGCUUUUUCUUUAUGUGGAUUUGUUCUAUUAGUUUUUGUUUUCUUCUGAUUUUGUGAUUGUAUCUAUUGAUUGCGAGGCGCCGUUUUAAUCAUCCUUUUUAAUUCUUUCAUUUCAAAAUUUCCUCUUUAUUUUUCGUUACAAACUACUUUCAAAAGCGACACAUCGUAAUUUUCCGUCGCUCUUUUUGUUGCACUGUAUCCGUUUCAACCUCAAAUUCGACUGGUUUAUAUCUGUCUGAUUAUAUGGGAUAGCGCACAAAGCGAUGUGAAAACUAAUAAAAACUUAGCUGAUCAUA